AUGACGCACGUGACCCUCGCAGGCAGGCGACGGGGAGACAGCGAGCGCAGGCAGAAGGACGACGAGCAGAGGCAGAUGCACGACGGCGAGCGUGGCGGGGACGGUGGCGGGGAGAGGAGGGUUAGGCGGGACGGAACCCUAACCAGACCCCUCGUCGCCCCGCGCCCUCACAAGCUGCAGCCCGAUCUGCCAGCCAACGUGCCCCCCGUCAAUACCUCCGCGCCCGCCUCCCUCACGGCUCCCCUGCCGACCAUCCCUGCGCUCAUCGCGCUGCUGCCCUCGAUCCAGCAGCACGGCUUCGAUCCCGCCGCCAAGGUCGCCUGGUGCCGCGACGUCCUCUCGCUCGUCACCCGCGCGCAGCAGCUCACGAAUUCCGACUACACCGCUGCGGGCGGCGAUCCGCCGCAGGGCCCCGCGCGGAUCGAGGACGCCGAGCUGCAGCGUCUCGUCGACGUCGCGGUCCCGCUGAUCGUGCAGCUGGCGAACGUCCCCGCGGCGCCGAAGCCGCUGUACGUCGCGGAGGCGCUCUACCUCCUCGCGACCCUCGAGAGCAGCGGCGCGUUCCCGCUGCACGUCCCCCCGGACCCGCGCACGAGCUUCCGCCACUGCGAGCAGGCCGCCAAGUCGGGCUUCCACGCGGCGUGGUUCCGCCUCGGCAGGGACUAUGAGAACUUCAAGGACGUAGAGCAUGCGCGGCAGUGCUUUGAGCGGGGUGUGAAGAGGGGCGUCGAGAGCUGCAUAUACCGGAUGGGCAUGGCAAACCUCAUGGGCCAGCUGAGCCUACCGCCAAAUCCCGAGGCCGCGCUGCCGCUCCUCAACCGCGCUGCGACGCUCGCCUCUGUCGACGUGCCUCAGCCGGCGUACGUCUACGGCCUGCUGCUCCUGAACGAGUUCUCGCACGUCGAGGUCCCGCCGCAGCUCUUCACGCCCUACAUCCCGCCGGGGUCCAGCCCGGGCAUGGAGGCGCGCAAGCACAUCGAGCGCGCGGCGUUCCUCAACUUCGCGCCGGCGCAGUACAAGCUCGGGCACGCGUACGAGUUCGCGCAGGCGCCGUUCCCGUUCGACGCGCUGCUGAGCGUGCAGUACUACUCGCUCGCGAGCCAGCAGGGCGAGGUCGAGGCGGACAUGGCGCUCAGUAAGUGGUUCCUCUGCGGCGCCGAGGGCGCGUUCGAGCGCGACGAGGGUCUGGCGUGGACGUUCGCGGAGAAGGCGGCGAGGAAGGGGCUGCCGAGCGCGGAGUUUGCGAUGGGGUACUACGCGGAGGUGGGCGUGGGCAGUCCCAAGGACAUCGAGGUGGCGAAGAAGUGGUAUAGCAGGGCCGCACAACACGAGAACCCGGACGCGGCUGACCGUCUCCGUGCGCUGUCGCAGCCUGAUGCUCGGCGGAUCUCGCGCGAACAGCACGAGUCCCUCGCAGAUACGACCAUCGUCCGCAAGCGCACCCUUGCACGGCAACAGUCGACCGCACGACACGGGCCUUCGGGCGGGCGUCCGCCAGGCCCUGCCGCGCAGGGUGCACAGGUCAUCCACAACGUCAGACAGAGCUCGCUUCGCCACGGGGCGCCUCCCAACGGCGGUGCCCUCCCGCCAAGCGCAUCCGCGCCGCCGGUGGGCGGCGCGCCAGGGUACGGCGCGCCCGCGCAGUUCCCUGUCAGCGCAUCACAGCCGCACAUACCCCCGACAGGGUCGCCCGGGCCAGGUGGUCUGCGUCCGUUCGCCAACGCGCCCCGAUACAGCCUCGUUGAUCCAGGAUCGCGCUCGGCGUCGCCUGCAAACUCGAACCGCGCGGGCGUCGGCGCUGGCGGGCUUCCCUCCCGGCCAGCGCCGCAGAGGCAGAACAGCGGGCAGCCGGAGGUGUCGAGUCCGCUCGCGCAGGCGCCGCCCAGGCCCGGUCCACAGACGUUCUCGGAGAUGGGUAUCUCUACCGGUAAGCUGGAGGAGAAAGACUGCAUUAUCAUGUGAGGCGAGACUCGAAUAGGUUUCGCUCGGGAACGCGGAUGGACGUAUCAUAACUCGGAAUACGCUCUUCGGACUGUGCUCGUAUUUCACUCGGACUUGGAACUCCCUCACCCUUUCGUUUUGUGCGCUUUCGCUUCCGUUUCCGUUGCAUAUCGCAGGUGGAUCUUCGUGGCGUCGACUGUGUAACUUAAUUGCCUGUAGUACAAUCGUCCUCUCAUCGUAUGCUGACGUCAACACGGUGCAGCUAAUAUACAACUACUCAUAUCAAGGUC